UCAACGCCGGGACGAGCCACGAUGAAGGUGUUUCAGCUAAUACGGUUCCUGGCUUUGGUCGUUUCUUCUGGAUGGGCUGCUAAGCUGCCCCUGGGUAUCCCUGGCGCGCCUGCCCCUAGUCAAAAAGUUGCUCUGAAAUUCCCUGGAUCAGCUGAACCUUCAGGCCUGUAUCAGACACCAGCUGAAUCACUCGAAACUCAUCCAGUAGAUUCAACUAAAAUCGAAAGUCUCGGUGAAAUAACUCAAACGUCUAUCAAGACCUCAAGUAUUGUUGAAACUCCUGUCGAAUCUGUUCAAGGUCCGGCAAAUCUUCCUGCAUUGGAAGCUUCAUCCGAUGUAGUUCAGGUCCCUGUUGAACCUUCAGCUAUUUAUGGAGCUCCAAGCGAAUCAUUGCCAGGUUCUGCUCAUAUUUCAACUGAUUCGGAUGUUCAGGAUCAAGCAACUUCAAUCUUUGCAGACUCUACAAUUGAGCACAAAACUGAAGGUGAAUUAGUUUCCAUCUCCGUUGUUCCUUCAGUUCCGGUUGAGACACCCAGCGAGCUAGUUCCGCUUUCUACAGAAUUUGGUACUCCAGAUCAGGGAGUACAAGGUGCUGUUGUACCCUCGAGUCUGGAUGAAGCGCCCAGUAAAAUAGGAGGACCCACUACUCAUCAUGAGGCUUCGGUUCAGACAAUUUCAAGCUCUAUUUUACCCUCAGAUAUUCAUAUUCUGGAAACUCCACUUCAGCCUCAUGUAGAACAUGAUAUUCCACUUGAUGUAGCUACAGGCACUGCUGAGCAUUCAAGUCCAGACGGAUUUCCAAGCAAAGUUGAGUCAUCAGAUCAACACUCUGCAUCAAAAGAAACCUCUUUAGACGUGAUACCAGUUGAAACAGAGACAGGCAGUAUUGAACAUUCAAGUUCAGACGGGUUUUCAAGCAUAGUUGAGUCAUCAGAUCAACACUCUGCAUCAAAAGAAACCUCUUUAGACGUGAUACCAGUUGAAACAGAGACAGGCAGUAUUGAACAUUCAAGUUCAGACGGGUUUUCAAGCAUAGUUGAGUCUUCAGAUCAACACUCUGCAUCAAAAGAAACCUCUUUAGACGUGAUACCAGUUGAAACAGAGACAGGCAGUAUUGAACAUUCAAGUCCAGACGAAAUUCCAAGCAAAGUUGAGUCUUCAGAUCAACACUCUGCAUCAAAGGAAACUACUUUAGAUGCGAUACCAGUUGAAAAAGAUACAGUCAGUGUUGAGUCUUCAAGCCAAUUUGAAACACCUAUCAAAGUUGAAUCAUCUGACCAAUCCUCCAUUUUACACGAAGCUUCCUCAGGUGUAUUAUCAGAAGAUGUUGGUUCGUCUACCGGCCUUGAAAUACACGGUGAAGAACUUCCAAGUUCUGUGCAGCCUUCUUCGGAAAGCAAUGCAUUUUCUGGAUCCUCUGAACAUUCAACGUUACACGAGACUCCUGAAGUGUCAGUUGCAUCCCCAAGCGUACCUGCAGGUCUUUAUGAAGCUCCAGUUUCACCGUCAGCAUCUUUAGAUAAGCCGUCUACCUUACAAGAGAUUCCUAAGAAACCAAUUAUAUUUCCUGAUACCUUCCAGACCUCAGUUCAACCAGUCCCAGUUCUCGCCGAGCCUUCUACUUUACAGGAAACACCUGAACCAUUGGCCCAGGUACCUGCAGGUCUUUACCAAGCGCCCAGGAAAACAGGAAAACCAUGAAUUUCAACGGUGUAAUUUGUCCGAAACCCGUUGGCUGGAUAUUAGUUAUCUUACAUAGUGCCAGCAGCCCAUCACCAAAACAAAGGUGAUAGGCUACUGGGUGCUGGCGGGAUUUCGAUGUGUGGGAAUAAAACACGGACUUUCUCGGUCGGAAAUAGUCCUUAAUUUGAGUGGUUUUCAUAUAUGAUUUUUUGAGGCUAUGACUCGUGACGCUCAUCAUUCACUUCAGCCCGAACGGUAAACACCCUUAAAUCACUAUAAUUAAAACAUUAACGUUUUCUAGGCCUCGAUAUGUAUAAACCAAAAAUAUAUAAUCAAAUGAUUUAUAUUUGAGAAAAA